AUGCUAAGUCGUCCCACUCGCAAUGUUCUACAGUUGGGACUCGGCUUUCUACUCUUCUUCAUCUCCUUCAAUUCUCAGGGUUACAUCCAGGAAGCUGUAAUUGCCGGCGUGGCUGAUGAAAAUGGAAUAGAUCAACAUGCUGGUUAUAAUGGACUCGCACUUUACUAUGGAGUUUUCACAGCAGCGAAUUUGUUCAUUGCGCCACUGAUUGAAGUACUUGGUCCCAAAUGGGCUAUGACAAUUGGCGCCAUUUUAACAACGCUCUAUGAGAUUGGCUUUCUCCAUAUAAAUGAAUUUUAUUUCUUUUUCACAAGUGCUUUAUCUGGAUUCGGAGCAGCCCUUAUGUGGCCAGCUCUUGGAACAUACAUGACCUUGAAUAGCACAGAGAAGACAAUUGAUAGGAACUCAUCAAUUGUAUGGGCUUUAUCUCAAGCAUCACAAAUCAUCGGUGGAAUAGUUCUCCUAACAAUUUUUCACCAUUCAUCGUCUGACGAUAAUACUAUUUCACCAACAGCAAUUAAAAUAAUUUCCAUUAGCUUGACAAUUGUUCUGAUAUUGUCAACUUUUGUUUUCGCACUUCUACGACAUCCUCCCUCGGAAACGUUGAAACAUAAUGAAGUUGCUGUUAGUUACAACAAUGCAUCUUUUGCUACAACAUUCGCAUUAUUGCCCACCAAGAGAAUGAUCCUACUUGCCUUUGUUUUUUGUUAUACGGGUAUUGUACAGUCGCUCUGGACAAGUAUUUACCCUACCGCUAUAUCCUUCACGCAGCAGAUGGGGAACAACAAUAGCGUUCUGAUGGCUUUAAGUGCCAUAUCAUCCGGUUUCGGCCAAAUUUUGUUAUGCUCUUGGGUUGCAGCUCGCCGUUUCGCUUUAAAGCGGAAUCAUUUUGUGAUUACUGGUUUUUUUCUACAUAUCAUUUCCUUCAUCGGAAUUUAUAUUAACUUUCCUCCCAAUUCUUCUAUUCACUUAACCAACGAUAUCGGCAUCAUCCAACCCAAUCCUUAUCUAACUUGUUUCAUAUCCUUCAUUCUUGGUUUCGGAGACGGAUGCUGGAACACACAGGUUUAUGCAUUAAUUGGAGACGUCUUCUCACAUUGUUCCAACGAAGCUUUUGCUCUCUUCAACUUUUACCAGUCUGCUCUCACUUGUGCAUCUCUAUUCUACUCAGCCCACAUAACUCUAACUUCCCAUUUGGCGAUUCUCUGCACUUCUUCCACUAUAGCAGUGUUCUGCUUCUGUCUGGUGGAUGCUAUGGGAAGGCUGUCUCAAGGAAAGAAACUGAGUCUUGGUAUGUCUAAAGUCUAUCAACAACACUGA